GCCAUGGGGGCGUGAGCGGGGCAGGGCAGGGCAGGGCUGGGAGCGCCGGGGCGGGACGGGGCCGAGCCGGGAUACGGAGCGCGGCCGGGAGACGCAACCGAGGCGGCGGUCUCGCCGGUGAUGCGCACUCCUCAGGGGCUGCCGGCCCGCUGAGGUCGGUGCGAGGGGCGCUGGCGGCGGCGCCGCGGCCAUGCCGUGCACCUGCGGGAACUGGCGGCGAUGGAUCCGGCCGCUCGUGGUGCUGCUCUACAUCGUGGGGCUGCUGGUGGUGGUGCCGCUCUGCGUGUGGGAGCUGCAGAAGCUGGAGGUUGGAAUUCAUACCAAGGCAUGGUUUAUCGCUGGGAUAUUUCUGCUAAUGACUAUACCAAUAUCUCUCUGGGGGAUACUACAACACUUAGUCCAUUAUACUCAACCUGAAUUACAGAAACCAAUAAUAAGGAUUCUGUGGAUGGUGCCGAUUUACAGUUUAGACAGUUGGAUAGCUUUGAAAUACCCCAAGAUUGCAAUAUAUGUGGAUACAUGUCGAGAAUGCUAUGAAGCUUAUGUCAUCUAUAACUUUAUGGUUUUUCUUUCAAAUUACCUAACCAACCGGUACCCAAACCUCGUGUUAAUAAUAGAAGCAAAAGAUCAGCAGAGGCAUCUGCCCCCUCUCUGUUGCUGUCCGUCGUGGGCUAUGGGAGAAGUUUUAUUAUUUAGAUGUAAACUGGGUGUUUUGCAGUACACUGUUGUCAGACCAUUUACUACCAUUAUUGCUUUAAUUUGUGAACUAGUGGGAGUGUAUGAUGAAGGAAACUUCAGCUUCAACAAUGCAUGGACUUACCUGGUUAUACUUAACAACAUGUCACAACUAUUUGCCAUGUAUUGUCUGGUGCUGUUUUAUAAAGUACUGCGUGAGGAACUGAAUCCUAUCCAGCCUGUUGGCAAGUUCCUUUGUGUGAAGAUGGUAGUUUUUGUUUCUUUCUGGCAGGCUGUGCUCAUUGCAUUGCUGGUGAAAGUUGGUGUUAUUUCUGAGAAACACACCUGGGAUUGGCAGAGUGUGGAAGCUGUGGCUACAGGUUUACAGGAUUUUAUAAUUUGUGUGGAGAUGUUUCUGGCUGCUAUUGCACAUCACUACAGUUUUUCCUAUAAACCCUAUGUUCAAGAAGCUGAAGAAGGCUCAUGCUUUGACUCCUUCCUUGCAAUGUGGGAUAUUUCUGAUCUAAGGGCAGAUAUCUCCGAACAGGUUCGAAAUGUGGGGAGGACAGUUUUGGGCCAGCCAAGGAAAAUGUUUUUUGCUGAGGAUCAUGAACAAAAUGAGCAUACAAGUUUACUGUCUUCAUCUACUCAAGACCCAAUUUCUGAUGCUUCUUCAAUGCCAUCUUCACCCAUGGGUCACUAUCAGGGGUUUGGACACACUGUGACUCCUCUCACAACACCGACGACAGCCCCUGCAGUUGAUGGGAUUUUUAACCCGUCUGCCAGUCAGGAUGCUGAGGAAUCACCUGAACUAGAGAACAACUUGGCAGAGAAAGCUUUGGAUAAAAGUUAAACUCACCUUUUCUUUGAAUGUGUCAAGAAGUCAUUACAUACUUGCCACAUGUGUCCUGUUAACAUGUGCUAUUAAGGAUGAAAGUUGAAAAGCUUGGGAAAGGUGCUGCGUGGACAGGAAGAGGAUAUGGUAUGGCUGUAACUGACAUCUGAAUCCAGAAUCUAUAAUGGAUGUGAACAUCUGCGAGUACCCCAUGGAUAUGAAACACGCACACUGUAAAGGUUUCUGCAUAACUUUAAGCAUCAUCUCCUUAAACUGCUAAAUGCUUCCACAUCAUAUCAAAAUUUUACUGAAUUUCAUUAGUGCAAAAGAAACAUUUGAAAAAAAUCCUCUGCUCAUAUAAAAAUGAAGUGCAAGUACUACUAGCAAUGGGAAAGCCUAAUUUAAAGAAUGUAAUUUAAGGAGAGCAGUAGCAAAAACUGUGUUAAUUUUGCUUGUCUUAAUGAUGGUUAACUUCCAUACCCAAUGCUGAAUGGAGUGUGGGUGAAAUGAUAGCUUCUGUACAGAUGCCACCUUCUUCCCAUUCCUACAUAGCUAAAUAAAGUCCCUUCAUGAAGAUAGUUACUAGUGAGCAUUAGUAAAGAACCUCUACAAAGAGAACAUUCCCUGCAGGCCUUGCUAUCAAAGCCCAUGCACAGAUGAUAGGGUUGGUGUAUCUGUUGUCCUUGAGGCUCAUAGUUUGUAAGUCUUUUGUAUCCAGAAGAGACAGCCAGGAUGGUUUUGGAUUAAUACUUUACCAUGACUAUUCUUUUCCCUAUCCUUCUAAAAUACAAGUAAUGAUUACUACCUUAAAAUACAUGGAAGGGGAAUGAAGGAUAUUGAAAAGGAAGUACAAAACAAAACAGAUUUCUUUAUUUUGGGCUGCAAUAAGUUCUUUAACGCUUAAGUUUUUAUUUAAGCUGUUAAAGCAGGCUAUCUUGUGUCUGUAGUAAUUUGUGUUCUUAAAUUUGUGUCUGUGUGUGAUUGUAUUAUGCUUCUACUAUAGCCUGGAUUCAAAUGUAAUAGGUGUUUUUUUCGCCCCAAGAAAGACCUUUGCUGAGGUACAACUAUGUAGCUAGUCUUAAUACUGGAGUUACUAGGACUAGAUUUCAGCCCAAGAAGCAGUACACUUGUAUCAAAAUGUUACUUUGCAAAAACUGACUAUGUCAGAGAGGAAUUGUUUUUAUCCCGUUAUCAGAUUUUUACUAUUAUUGCAUGUUUUCAACCUGACAAAAACAACCAAAGCAGUAGAGCACUACUUUUUAAAUGGCAAGAUCUUAAGUUUCUUUUUCAGCAUUGUUAGCAUUUCCAGGAUAAAUGUUUAACUUCUGGCUGUCAGUAAAUUCAUCUUAAGUGCUUUUUUUGCAGUACUAGUGUGAUGUAAAUAUUGCGCCUUACUCACUAGGCUGCAUAUUUUAGAGCUGAGUAUGUACUUGCUGUAUCUGAAGUUAGUGAGAAAGUGAAAAUCAUGAUUUUCAAUUUGCCAACUCAUUGCCUUUGUUGUAAAUAAGUAAUUAAAGAUUUUAUUUAAACUGUUCACCUUCUAUCAAUUUGAUUUGCUGCUACAGUAAUUUAAGAGUGUGAAUGACAUAUGACUACAACUGUCCUCAUGGAAGAAGAGGAUCUUAUGUAGAACUACUGAAAGAAUUUGUGCUUUCAGUAUUUCAUGGCUUGUACUAUAAAGGGAAUUCUUGUUUGGGCUUAUGAAGAAUCAGAAUCUUCUAAUCCAUGCUUCAUCCCAGCUAUCACCUUAUGCAUGUAAUAGCUUUCUCUAAAAGGAAACAACUUGUACAGGUUCAUAAUGCAUUGGGACCUCAGUGCCCCCUGCAGCCAUUACCAGGAAUAAUCUGAUUUCCUGCAUGUAUACAGGUAAAAAGGGGCAGGGGUAGGAAUAAUAUCUGAGAGAGCAGGGCUGCUGCAAGUAGAGUUAGCUGCUGUGCUCCAGCUCUUCAAAAACCUCACUCUGAAGAAUUAUUUUUUUUUAAUACUUGAAGUUAUGUCUGUUUGGUGUAAAACUAAGGUUCAGAGGGGACCUUGAUUGGAAAACAGCUAUUUAAAUGUCUUUACUACUUCUUUCAGAGUAUUUCUUGAAAGCCACUAAGUUAUUUUAUUAUUAUUCAGUUACUCUAUUUGCACAAUAUAAGAUUCCUCCUGGUUUGUUUUUUUUCUGGGGAAAAAAGUUAUUUUUUUAAUUGCAGCAGCUUAUAGGAUCAUACCUUUCCUACAGACUCCUAGUGAACUUAAAAAAUAAAUAGAAAUCUUGCAAUGAUACCUACCCUGUCUUUUGAAAACCACUACCACAGCAUUCCACAGCAUAACCUAUCACGAUUCUAUAAAAAGUUCAUUUGCAGAUAGUUCAUUUUCCUCUUAACCAUAUUUAUUCUUCUGCUGUUUUAUGCCAAAUCUCUACCCAAGUUUUUUAUUCAGAAGUCCUGAGGAUUGCUCUUGCCUUACUCAAGGAAACUAGAAUGUCUUUCAUUUGUCUUGAAGUCAUUUUGCUUUCAUCUUAAUUACUAAAAUCUUAAUAAAUACACCUAACCUACUCUGUAAAGGUUUUGUUUUUAUUAGAGGUCUUCCUGCACAAGAAAGCUAAACACUUUCCUAUAAAGCUGCUCUCUGGUGAAAUUGCCAGGUACCUGCCAGGUUUAGUUGUGUAAGAAUAAUUUAAAAUUU